AUCGCACCUGUGUUGGUGAAUGCUCUGGUGAGUAGUCCCAAAUAUCCGGUCUCUGUCGAGAGAAUACGAGCAAGCAGCCGCGUCAACAGCGUGCGAAGUAGUGUUGCGGUGACGGUUGCGGACUCAAACCACGCUCAGUCUUAAAUUGAGUCCUGUUCAACACGUCCAUGGUUGUGUGGGAGCUUGUGCCCUGGACACCCCGGGUUCUGCUGCUUCUUGGGGUCCUACUCCUGCUCCUGCUCCUGCUCUGCCUGUGGUCUUCCGCUCCUGGGUUUCCAAAAUGCCCCCCGGGACCCAGACCCCUGCCCCUCCUGGGGAACCUGCUCCACCUGGACCUCAAGAGGUUCAACACGUCCAUCUAUGAGCUGUCUCGGACACAUGGAUCUGUGUUCACUCUACAUUUCGGCCCCAAAAGAAUCGUCAUCCUGGCGGGCUACAAGACCGUCAAAGAGGCCCUGCUCAACUCGGAGUUUGACAAGAACCCGCCAAGAAUCUGUAGAGAUGUGUUCCAGGGACACGGGGUUUUGUUUGCCAAUGGAAGCUCCUGGAAGGCGAUGAAGCGCUUCUGUCUGAGCAGCCUGCGUGGCUGUGGCAUGGGCCUGAGGAGAGGGGAGCUGAUGAUAACGGAGGAAUGUCACCACCUCAUCCAGACAUUAACGGAGUUUAAGGGUGAACCUUUCGACACCCGGCUCCUGAAUCCCUCGGUCUCCAAUAUAAUCUGCUCCAUGCUGUUUGGCCACCGCUUUGACUAUGCUGACCCUGUCUUUCGAGAGAUGAUUCAUCUUUUUAACGAGUCUUUACAGUUGGCUAGUUCUGCUGAAAUUUCGCUCUACAACAUGUUCCCGUGGCUGUCCUGGUGUUGUGGUGCGCUACUGAAAAACCGGGCCCGGAUUCUGAAGAACAAGGAGCAGUUCACUGAGCGGCUUCGGGACAUGGUGGAGAGGAUGAAGGCCUCGUUCGACCCGCUGGACUGCAGGGGGGUCGUGGAUCGCUUCCUCGUCCGGCAGCUCCAGGAGGCAGACCAGACGCAGUCCCACUUCCACAGCAGUAACCUCCUCUGCACCAUCAGUGACCUGUUUUUGGCAGGGACUGAGACCACUGCAGUCAUCCUGUCCUGGGGCCUGAUUCUCAUGGCCAAGUACCCUGCUAUACAGGACCGGGUUCAAGAGGAGCUGGGCAGAGUUGUUGGGCAGCGGAGCCCUCGGUUCCAGGACCAGAAGGACCUGCCCUACACCAACGCUGUGAUCCACGAGAUCCAGAGAUUCGGCAGCCCUGUCACCACCGCCUUUCGCAAAGCCUCCUGUGAUGUCACCUUCCAGGGAUAUUUUAUCGAGAAGGGAACGGUGAUGUUCCUCUCCCUGAUGUCAGCCAUGCGUGACCAGGGUGAAUGGGAGACGCCCCACAGCUUCAACCCAGCCCACUUCCUGGAGGACGACGGCCGCUUUACCAGGAGAGAGGCCUUAAUACUUUUCUCUGCAGGGCAUCGGGCGUGUCCAGGAGAGAACCUGGCCAGGAUGGAGCUCUUCCUCAUCUUCACCUUCCUCCUGCAGAGGUUCCGCUUCUCACCACCGCCAGGGCUGUCUGAGGAGGACCUCGACCUGACCCCAGACCUGUCCUUCACCCACAAGCCCUGCUCACGCCGGCUCUGUGCCGAGCCUCGACCUGACCCCAGACCUGUCCUUCACCCACAAGCCCUGCUCUGUGCUGAGCCUCGACCUGACCCCAGACCUGUCCUUCACCCACAAGCCCUGCUCACGCCGGCUCUGUGCCGAGCCUCGACCUGACCCCAGACCUGUCCUUCACCCACAAGCCCUGCUCUGUGCUGAGCCUCGACCUGACCCCAGACCUGUCCUUCACCCACAAGCCCUGCUCUGUGCUGAGCCUCGACCUGACCCCAGACCUGUCCUUCACCCACAAGCCCUGCUCUGUGCUGAGCCUCGACCUGACCCCAGACCUGUCCUUCACCCACAAGCCCUGCUCACGCCGGCUCUGUGCCGAGCCUCGACCUGACCCCAGACCUGUCCUUCACCCACAAGCCCUGCUCUGUGCUGAGCCUCGACCUGACCCCAGACCUGUCCUUCACCCACAAGCCCUGCUCACGCCGGCUCUGUGCCGAGCCUCGACCUGACCCCAGACCUGUCCUUCACCCACAAGCCCUGCUCUGUGCUGAGCCUCGACCUGACCCCAGACCUGUCCUUCACCCACAAGCCCUGCUCACACCGGCUCUGUGCCGAGCCUCGACCUGACCCCAGACCUGUCCUUCACCCACAAGCCCUGCUCUGUGCCGGGCCUCCACCUGACCCCAGACCUGUCCUUCUCCGGCUUGGUGCGAGAGGCGGGCCUGAGCUCUUAGUCCACAUUUCUUAUGGUGGAAAUUUGUGUGUCCAGCUUAAACAGCAUCUGCUCAAUGAAUAAAUGAAUAAACAAA